CGAUAUUAUGAGCCGGGUGCCAAAAAAUCAGUUCCUUGCCUGACUUUGUUUUGUGUACCAAAUUUAAGUUUCCGCUGCUAGAUAAAAUAAAUUGAGUAAUAUUUACUACACAAGAAAUGGAGGCCGAUGAAGACUUCGUCCUGGACAACGAGGCAGCUGAGAUUCAACGAUUAGGGCUACCAGAGGAGGAAAAGAAGCCCACAGAUCCCGAGGAGGAGGAUGAACGGGUAGCACGCAUUGAGUUCCUUUGCUCUGGCUGUGAAAUGCAGGAGAUGGUCCACUAUUUGGAAGGAACCGCCUUUUCCCUGGGAAAAUAUCCGGAGGAUAACUACGUGAUGCGGGAUCCUUAGCCACCUCCACCUCGUUGGCAGACAAAGGCAGAAUACUAUAUCUCACUGGGCAACUGCUCGAUCUGCUCCAAGACAGUGUGCAAGGAUCCUGGCUGCAGUUUUUACUACACAUCAACGUUUUGCUUGCCAUGCGGUCAGGACGAGCUCAAGAACUGGCCAGUGGAAGCCCAAGCCCGGAUUCGAAAGCAACUGUCAGCCAGUCAAGGCAAUAAAAAAUAGAUAGACUAAGAUUUUUAUAAAAAAACAACAUACUUUAAAAAAUUGUAUGUUUCUAAAAUGGUAUUGCACCAUUUAAUGUAACUUUAACAUUAGGUUCUUGGC